UUUCUGAAUUUUUCUAUCCGAUCAAAAGCGUCCGUUGUUAUCGUGAAGGGGAGUCAUUUCGCGUGCUACGAUUCGACCAAAGAAAUAAUGCAUUCUCACUAAUUGCCCGCAAACGGGACCUAGCGUGAUGUGAGUGCGUGAAUGUCCGAACGGACUCAAGUGACUCAGUAACCAGGAGAAAAGUGUGAAGUUUUUCUCGUCUGACGGUGUGCAUGCCUGGCCGCCAGCCUGCCGACGAAACUUGGUGAAAAAUCAUUCGAGAGUUGCGAGAAAAGAUGUCCAGCGUUUGAAAAGUGACGGCGCCCGGGAAGUAGCAAGCACGGUUUCGGUUGCGAGACGGGCACGAGUGGCGUGAACCGUGUCAAGGGAAUUUUUGGAAAGUUUUUUUCUGAUUUCUGCUGCGGACGAGUCUGCAAGUGCUCCGCCGCGGCUCAGUGAAAGUGCUUUCACACGAGUUUCCAUUGCUUACGUUUGGCAGUACGCGGGCAGGGACCGGAAUGCGAAUUCGCCGACCGGAAGGAUUCAAUAUAGCCUCCCGUGACCAUGCCUGAUUGUUAGUAAACCCGCCCCCGCAAAACUCUGCUCGCGUUUGGGUCCUUUUGUUCCGUCGGACGUGCCUUCGAGUUCUCGCCCCUGAAAUAUUUAUGGCUUCCGUUGUCUAGUUCGUGAGACGGCAGGGCCUCCUUGCGACUCGGCGAUUUGUGCAUAAUUUGAGUGCGACCGUGUUAUGUGGAUAUCGUCUUGCAACACGCAAGAAUCUGUGAGAAAAUAACUGUGAACGUAUUCAUGGACGCUGCAGCGCAUUGCGAAACGGCUCCGACGCUCGACUUGCUCGCCAAAGGACACGUCGCCCCACGAAUCGGCACCCCCGGCAACAUGGAGCUGGACGAGCUCGAGAACAUGGCGAAGAGCGACUUCUUGCCGCUGCUGCCGCUGAUCAAGCAGGAGCACUUGGACAACGCGGAGACCGCGACCACCGCCAACCCUUGUGACAGCGUCGAGAAGCAGGUUGAUGAAACUACCACCCCUGGCGAGCCAAUUUCAACAAAAUGUGUUUGGUGCAUGCAAGUACUUACAGCAAACGAUCGUCCAAAAUUGCUGGAAUGUCUUCAUGUUGCAUGCUCACAAUGUGUCACAACAAAAUUCAGCGAAUUAGACCGAACAAUGCCACCCUUAAUACAUUGCCCAGUUUGUAAUAUGGCCAGUCAAAAUGAAUUCAUAAUUGAUAAUCAUUUUCUUAUGGAACAAAGUAAUGCAAACGAGGAAGGACAAGGUUCAACUGAUGGUGAUCCUAAGACAAAUUCUACCAUUGUGAAAUGUAGCAGCUGCAGUGAUGAUGCAAAUGCAACAUCAUGGUGUGUAGACUGUUCUGAAUAUAUAUGUGACAAUUGUGUACAGGCACAUCAGCGAUUAAAAAUCACAAAAGAUCAUACAAUUAAACCUAAGGAGGAGGCAACAACAGAUUCACAAAAUGGUUCCAACACGAACAAAAAUCUUUUGUGCUCUGUACACACACAAGAGAAGUUAUCACUUUUCUGUGAAACUUGUGAUAAAUUAACAUGCCGUGAUUGUCAAUUGGUGGAUCAUCGUGAUCAUAAAUAUAAAUUUGCACAUGAAAUUGCCACAGAGACAAGAACCUCACUCAGUUCACUUUUGAGUGAAAUUAAUUAUAAGAGAUUUUUAUUGGUUAGUGCAAGGAAGGUAAUUGACGAUCGACAAAACCUCAUAGCCGACAAGAAAAAGGAGUUGAUUCGUGAAAUAACGAAUAUGGUCGUCAAAAUCACAAAUACUGUUAAUCAUCGUGGUAAACAGUUGGCUAUGCGUUUGAAUGAAGUGUGCGACAGUAAAUUGAAAGUAUUGAAUGAGAAAAAGGAUGCGUUGCAGCUUCUCUCGGAGAAUACAGAUCAUUGUAUUGAUUUCGUUCAAGCCGCUCUGGAUAAGGGCAGCGAUUGUGCUAUUCUUUACAGUAAGAAAUCUUUAGCAAGACAUUUACAAAAGUUGAAGUGCCAACGAGCUGAUAUCCCAAAUCCGGAGAUACCAGUUCGAAUUCAAGUACAAUUGAAUCAGGUCCCAGAACUACAAAAAGUAAUCUCACAACUUGGAACGAUUAUAGUUGACGGGAAACCAUAUCCACCACCUCCAGCUUCGAAUGGACCUCCACGACAACAGCCUAGUCCAAACAUGGCACCACCACUUCGACCUGGCCUACCGCCACCCGGCAUGGCACAGAUCUCACCAGGUGGCCCCAGUGGUUUUCAAAAUGGUCCGCCAAUCUAUAAUAGUCCCUCACCUCAACAACAAUUCAAUAAUAUGCAAAUAAAUCGGCCAUUUGGUCAGGAGGUUCCAACUGCUGUACGCUUUACAAAUAUGGGCCCUGUCGGUAUGCAACGUCAGGGUCAACCUCAUGUCAGUUCUUCCACACAUCCUCAGAAUAUGGACAUAAGUUUACGUGGUUUACUAAACAAUCAAAAUGCUCCACCCCCGAAUCAAGGUCACAUUAACUUCAAUGGUCCACCUAACUAUCCUGGCAACGGUCCACAGAAUGGUCCGCCACAUCAAAAUAUGCCACCUCAAAUGAGGCCACAUUACAUGGCUGGUCCGCCGGCACAACAACAUCAAAAUUUUCAGCAACAGCAACCUGGACCUAAUCCACAGAAUUUUAUAAAUAAUGGGCCAAGAUUUCAGAAUUUUCAACGAAUGACCACACAUCCACCGAAUAUGGGGCAACAGCAAGGUGCGACUAAUACUGCGAGCGGAGGCGGGGGUGGUGGUCCUCCGCCAGGUCAAAUGCGUCCUAUCAUGCAAAAUAAUAUGGGUUACCCCGGUCCUCAGACCUACCAACAAGCUCCUGCAAAUAAUCAACAAAUGCCUAUUAAUAUGCAUGCAGUGGCCAAAUGGCAUAUACCACAGUCAGCGCAACAAGCAAAUGGUUCUGCAGGUCAGCAACAGGGUCCACUAAUGCAAUUCCCAAAUGGUCGACCUGGUGAAAAUUUUAAAAUAAAUCUUAAAUCUCCAACAACCUUACAAAAAAGUACAACACCAAAUGGACAAAGUAGUGGAGGGUCGGUUGUUCUUCCUAAUGUCACAUCGACAAAUCCUAAGACACCGAGUCCGAGUACAAAUGAUACCUCAAAAGAUUUUACAGAACCAAUCGAUAAGGUCCGAGAUGAUUCUAUAAAUGAUCUGAUGGCAACUAUUGCAAAACUAGAUUCGAAUGGUGUUCAAGUUCUUCCAGAGGGACGAAAUAAGACAACGUCGCCACAAGUGCACAGUUCGACAGAUAUUGCAAACAUUGCUGAUGCAGAUAAAACAGAUCAAAAAGACGAUCCAAAUGAAGAUUGGUGUGCCGUUUGCUUGGAUGGUGGAGAACUGAUGUGCUGUGACAAAUGUCCAAAAGUUUUCCAUCAAAAUUGUCACAUACCGGCUAUUAGUUCGUUACCGGAUGAAAGUGAGACAUGGCAGUGUUUGCUGUGUGUGAAUCUAGCAGAUUUGGCAAAUACUGUAGAUUUCGACAAACGCAAUGGUGAAUUAGGACCGAGUGAACUAAAAAUCAUUCAGAGGAUAUGUUUGGAGUUAUAUUGCCAAUAUGAACAAAGUUUACCUUUCCGGGAGCCCGAGCCGGCAACACACACUGCAUACUAUGAGAUUAUCUGCCAUCCCAUGUCAUUGGAUGUUAUCCGCACACGAUUGGAUCCAUCGAGCCCAAAUCACUAUAAGGAUAUUGCAACAUUUGUAGCUGACGUGCGGCUGCUCUUCAAAAACGUAUACUUAUACUUCCAGGAGGAUUCAAAGACAUAUUCACAUGCGCGAUACUUAGAACAAUUUUUCGAAGAGCAAUUGGGAAAAUGGCUGCCAAAAUAUGCUGUCGUCAAUAAACCUGAAGGUGAUGAGGACGAGUGUCCUGCGAAAAGAACCCGCAAGGAAUCGGAAUAAGUGAAUAUAAUCGUCUGAAUCUAGUGGACGUUUAAGUUCAGUUGUAAACUAUGUUACAAACACAAAAAAAACAAAAACAAACGAAAUGAUACGAGAUUAUUAUAAUUGCAUACAGGAAUAUUAUUCUUAGCGUAUAAGUUACGUCGUAUAUUUAUGUUUAAUGCCUGUCAUCGUUUAAUAUCGAUGCAACUUUACUCUACAACAAGCUAUAAAUUUAUUUAUUGUUUAUACAUUGCUUAUGAUAAGGAUUCACUUCUAAGUACUUGAAGGAAACAUCAAUGUCUACUUUAUUAAAUAAACAAACUAGAGAUGAUAAAUCCUAACAUAAUGUUUAGUUUCAAAACAUUUUUUAUUUAAAUAUAAAAAAGGAAAAUCAAUACACAUACGUACAUCAUCGCAUUGCAUUGUAUCAUUAGUGGUUAGUUAAUUUCUAAAAUGAAAUACUUGAUAUCAAGCAAGCAAACAAAAAAAAGUAAAGGCACCAUAAAUGUCGCAAUUUCAUUCAUUUUUAGAUUCGAUGAUCAUUAAAGACAUUAAAUAUAGAACAUUUAUAAUAGUUUUAUUCAUAUUUCGUAAAUGACAUUUUUUAAUAAAAAUUAAAUUUCUAGUUUCCACGUUUUGUAGGAAAAAUCAUGUUA